CAGGAGUUGACAUGCUAGGAUGACAUCUGGUGUGAUGCUGGCCAGGGCCCAGCUGCUGCAGGCAUGAUGAGGCGUGGGACCAGCCUGCAAAGCCGGCGCAGUAAGGGGUCCUGGAGCGGAGAUCGGGAUCCCCUCCUGAGGAGCAGUCCACAGGCCCCACAGCGCCGCAACACCCAUGAUCCACAGCAGCACGUUAGCCGGCCACGCUCUUCCUCCACCACCGACACCACACCCAGUAGUCCUGCUCCAGGACACACCGGCGGAGAUGUGGGCCUGUCAUCAGGGUAUCAGUCAACAGAGGAGACGGACAAGAUUGACCGGCUGGAGGUGAGCGGGUUGGGACAAACACCCCUCGCCGUUUCGUGUGGGACAGACGGUUCAUUCCCGGCCAGUGACGAUGGCACCCCGGACCCUCAGCGCACUAAGCAGGCUAUCGCCCAGCUGCAACAGAAAAUCCUCAAGCUCACAGAGCAGAUUAAGAUUGAGCAGACAGCCAGGGAUGAUAACGUUGCAGAAUACCUCAAACUUGCCAACAAUGCAGACAAACAGCAAAGUACACGCAUCAAACAGGUGUUUGAGAAAAAAAAUCAGAAGUCUGCACAGACCAUCCAGCAGCUGCAAAGGAAACUGGAGCACUACCACCGGAAGCUGCGGGAAGUGGAGCACAACGGUAUCCCACGGCAACCCAAGGAUGUUCUGCGGGACAUGCAGCAGGGCCUGAAGGAUGUCGGGGCUAAAGUCAGCGGGUUCAGUGAGGGCGUGGUGGACAGCGUCAAGGGAGGCCUCUCCAGCUUCUCGCAGGCCACCCACUCCGCUGCCGAAGCAGUCGUCUCCACGCUCAUUCGCAACAAAUACGGCAGCUCUGACAACAUCCCCUCGCUCAAAGACUCCCUGGAUGACCCCUCAGUAGAGGAGGCGGUGACUGUUGGUGGAGGACGUUCUCUGAGCAAUGCCGGCCACCACCUCCAGUCCAGUCCCAGGUUUGGUAGCGAAGACGACUGCUCUAGUGCCACUUCGGGUUCGGCGGGGGCGAACAGCACCACGGGGGCACCUGGGGGUCCUCCGAGUUCUAAGGGCAACACACUGGAGAGGAGCCAGUGCUCCAGCCUGGACAUGCUGCUACAGGAGAUGCAAGAGUUGAGGGAGGGUCAGGUGCGGUUGGAGGAGAGCCUGGACAGUUUGAAGAGCCACUAUCAGAACGACUACACCGUCGUUAUGCAAGCACUGCAGGAGGAGCGCUUCAGGUGUGAACGCCUGGAGGAACAGUUAAACGACCUGACGGAACUUCACCAGAACGAAAUCCUCAACCUCAAGCAGGAGCUGGCCAGCAUGGAGGAAAAGAUCGCCUACCAGUCCUACGAGAGAGCCAGGGACAUCCAGGAGGCGUUGGAGGCAUGUCAGACCAGAAUCUCUAAGAUGGAGCUCCAGCAGCAGCAGCAGCAGGUCGUCCAGUUGGAGGGGCUGGAAAAUGCCACGGCACGGACCCUCCUGGGAAAACUUAUCAAUGUGCUGCUGGCCCUUAUGGCUGUCCUUCUUGUCUUCGUCUCAACUGUGGCCAACUGCGUGGUUCCCCUGAUGAAGACGCGCUCUCGCUCCCUCUCCACCCUGAUUCUGGUCCUCCUGUUGGCCUUCUUGUGGAGAAACUGGGACGCUCUCUCGGGGUACACGCACCGAGCUCUGCAGCCCCCAGGAUGACCAGUUUGACAGCGGCACGCGUUGCUUUUGUGUCACCGGGAGAUAAGACUGUUGUCGCAGUCACACACAGAGCUUUGAAGAAUAUUGCAUUAGGGCAGCAGCGUGGUCGUGCACGGUGUGCACGUUCAGACGCAGCCUGAAAUCAAGAUAACGAAGAAGGAACUGGAGUGAAGUAAAGAACGCUCAUUGCUGA